AUGGCGGCAGGGGGGGCGGCGGGCCUGCGGGAGGAGAAACGCUACGGGCUGUCUUGCGGACGGCUGGGACAAGACAACAUCACUGUACUGCAUGUGAAGCUCACGGAGACGGCGAUCCGGGCGCUCGAGACCUACCAGAGCCAGAAGAAUUUAAUUCCUUUUCGACCUUCAAUUCAGUUUCAAGGACUUCAAGGGCUUGUCAAAAUCCCCAAAAUUGAUCAGCCCAAUGAAGUACAUAACUUUAACUUCUAUCUGUCAAAUGUGGGUAAAGACAACCCCCAGGGCAGCUUUGAAUGCACCCAGCAGACCUUCUCCAGCUCUGGAGCCUCCCAGCUCAAUUGCCUGGGAUUUAUACAAGAUAAAAUUACAGUGUGUGCAACAAACGAUUCAUAUCAGAUGACACGAGAAAGAAUGACCCAGGCCGAGGAGGAAUCCCGCAACCGGAGCACAAAAGUUAUCAAACCUGGUGGACCAUACGUAGGGAAAAGAGUGCAGUUUCGAAAAGCCCCUCAAGCUGUGGGAGACGCAGUACCAGAGAGGAAAAGGUCAACUCCCAUGAACCCUGCAAAUACGAUUCGAAAGACACAUAGCAGUAGCAGUGUGUCUCAGCGGCCAUAUAGGGACAGGGUGAUUCACUUACUGGCACUGAAGGCCUACAAGAAACCUGAGCUGCUUGCUCGAUUGCAGAAAGAUGGCGUCAAUCAAAAAGACAAGAAUUCCCUUGGUGCAAUUCUCCAGCAGGUGGCCAAUCUGAAUCCUAAGGAUCUCUCAUAUACCUUAAAGGAUUAUGUAUUUAAAGAGCUUCAAAGAGACUGGCCUGGGUACAAUGAAAUAGACAAACAGUCUUUGGAAGCAGUGCUCUCUAGAAAACUAAAUUCAUCUCAGAAUGCUGCUGGCACCAGCUGCUCAGAAUCUCCUGUUUGUUCCAGUAGAGACACUACAUCUUCUCCUGCUCAGAAACGAAUUUUGGAUUCAGAUUUCAUUGACCCUUUAGUGAAUAAAAAAGCUCGAAUAUCUCACCUGACAAGUCGAGUACCGCCAACAUUAAAUGGUCAUUUGAAUCCUACCAGUGAAAAAUCUGCUGCAGGUGUCCUGCUGCCCCCUGCAGCCGCUGCCAUCCCAACCCCUCUACCGCUGCCUUCAACCCACCUACCUGUCUCAAAUCCUCCUCAGACUGUCAAUUCUAACUCCAACUCCCCUAGCACACCAGAAGGCCGGGGGACUCAAGACCUACCUGUUGACAGUUUCAGUCAAAAUGGUAGUCUCUGUGAGGACCAGCAAGACAAAUAUACCUCUAGGACUUCUCUGGAAACCUUACCGCCCCCUGGUUCAGUUCUUCUAAAGUGUCCAAAGCCUAUGGAAGAAAACCAGUCAGCAUCUCACAAGAAGUCCAAAAAGAAGUCUAAAAAACACAAAGAAAAGGACCAAAUAAAAAAGCAGGACAUUGAGGAAAAUGAGGAGGACCUUAAAAAAGAAGAGGAAAUUGCCAAGCUAAAUAACUCCAGUCCUAAUUCCAGUGAAGGAGUUAAAGAGGGCUGCACUGCCUCCAUGGAGCCUUCUUCCACCAUUGAACUCCCAGAUUAUUUGAUAAAAUAUAUUGCUAUUGUCUCCUAUGAGCAACGUCAGAAUUAUAAGGAUGACUUCUUUGCUGAGUACGACGAAUACAGGGCCUUGUAUGCCAGGAUGGAGACUGUGGCUAGAAGAUUUAUCAAACUGGAUGCGCAACGAAAGCGCCUUUCUCCAGGCUCGAAAGAGUAUCAGAAUGUUCAUGAAGAAGUCUUACAAGAAUAUCGGAAAAUCAAGCAGUCUAGUCCAAAUUAUCAUGAAGAAAAGGACAGAUGCGAGUAUCUUCAUAACAAGCUGGCUCACAUCAAAAGACUAAUAGGUGAAUUUGACCAGCAGCAAGCAGAGUCAUGGCACUAG